UCAUGCAAAAAUGGAAGGCCGAGAGAGUCGAACUCAUAUUUAGCCGAUGAAACAAAACUGUUACUUUACCUAAAUUAGUACGAUCAUGGAGGACAUCACAAGGCUGUUCAGUCUCUGUGCUUGUAUGCUGGCUGGUUGUUAUGUGGCUGGGAUGAUUCCUUUGGCUUUUUCGCUCUCCGAGAGGAGAUUACGUAUGGUCAGUGUACUUGGAGCUGGUUUACUAGUUGGGACUGCAUUAGCUGUCAUUAUACCGGAAGGUGUUCACGCAUUGUAUGCACAGGAAACCCAUGGUCAUGGUGGACAUGCAGGCCAUGCUCACCGRCAUCUUCAUGCAGUAAAAGACAUACCAUCCAGUAUGCAUACAUCUGUUGAUAAGCAACCCCCAGCAGAUCAUCAUGGUCAUCUGCACUCCAUAAAAGACAAYAUUCCUACAUUUGAACCAGAUGUGUUUAUUGGUUUAUCAUUGUGUUGUGGAUUUAUUUUUAUGCUUCUUGUUGACCACAUCAGUGGUGGACAUUCCCAUGGCCCUUCAUCAGGUACUGAUAUCAACUAUAAAAUUGAAAGUAGACAGGAAAAAACAUACAAACCCAUGUAGAACAAUGUUGUAGACACCGUGGUAUUGCUGAUAGUCCAUCUUACAGCUGAUGGCAUUGCUCUAGGAGCUGCUGUAUCAACCUCAAAAACAGAUGUAGAAUUGAUAGUAUUUUUAGCUAUUAUGUUACAUAAGGCUCCUGCAGCAUUCGGUUUAACUACAUUUUUACUUCUUGAGGGUAUGGAUAGAAAUAGAAUACGUCGACACCUACUUGUAUUUGCUGCUGCUGCUCCUAUAAUGGCAUUUUUAACAUUCUUUGGUUUAGGACAAACUGGAAAGGAGUUAUUCACAAGUGUCAACGGCACAGGAAUAGCAAUGCUAUUUUCAGCUGGGACUUUCCUCUAUGUUGCUACAGUACAUGUUCUUCCUGGAGUAGAUUCAAGCCAYGGUGAUWCCAGUGAUCAAACCAAAGCACACAAAAGAACCGACUUGAUUCUUUUAGUUCUAGGAAUAUGCUCUCCUUUGUUAUUAUCGCAGACACACAGUCACUGAAUAAGAUUGAUAUAGUUUAACCAUGAUGUAUAUAUGGAGUUGAGAAGUUGGGUGUAAGAAAAAGGAUUUAGUAUUCUUAACCAAAGUAUUUUGGGCACCAGAGGCUCAGUUGUUUGCUCAUUCRUGUUUUUUUUUUCACAMACAUAUGAACUGUUAGAGAGGAGAGAAGUAAUGCAGCCUCUAGUUACUCAGRGUACAACAAAACUAUAACAGCAUUUUAAAAUUCCACAGACUAAGUUUUUGUAGAAAGUCCUGACGAUGUUGAUAUCACAUUACCAUACUAUUAAUUGUUACCUUAAUAAUUCGCAAACAAAAGUUACUAUGAUAAUUCACAAAAAAAGGAAUGUUCUCUGAGAAUAUAUACCAUGAAUAUAAUCUAACGGAAUUUUAUGAAUUCUUUAAUAUUAUUAAGGCAAUAUAUAGGAUUUAUUAGUAAGAAUGCAAUUUAGGGUCGUUUUUCGUUAGAUUUAGUAUUCUGUAAAAUAUUUAGUAUACUAAUUAGGCCAAUGUAGUUGUUUGCAUCUUUGUUUUAGACCUAAUAGGCGGAUCUUUAUUUACAAAAUUUUGCUAAUUAGCAUAAAGUUUAAAUUAAAGAAAACUGUAAAAUAAGUUUAUAAUGUGAAAGGGCUUAUUAAGGACUAUAAACUACGAAAGUUUGACGUCAUUACAUGGAAUAUUUUAUAAGAUAUUAGCGUUCAAAGAUGCUGAGUGGAAAAAGCGCUAAUUAGCUCAUAUAAUCUCUCUAAAAAUUGGAGUUUUUAAAACCGUUUUACGCAAAAAUAUGAGAAGCUCAAAAUUGCGUGGAUAGAUUAUUGUGCUAUGUUGCUUCAAUAUUCAGUGCUGAUUUACUGAUAGUUAGGUUAAAACGUUAUAUCCUUAUGCUAAUGAUAUGUUAAUGAACCGAAAUGUAAACAAAUUAUUCGCCUAUAGGCAAUAUGCAACGACGCCUUUCUGUCAAGUACGACAAAGCAUGAUGGGAGUUGUUGUCUUCGCACAUUUUAUAGCCUCUAAUAAGCUCUCCAAAAGUUGGUUUUAUAUUUACUUUGCAGAAAAGGCACAAGUUCYUCUAAUAAAAAGCAGAAACGACUUAAAAGGACUACAGCUACCAUGAUGCUUUGUUGCACAAAAUGGCGUCGCUGCACAUUUUUUUAGUUCGUGUUUUAACGACUCCUGUACAGCCAUAUAGAGAUUUAUUUUUCGAGAUUGUUCGUCAAGUAUUAUUUUGAAAGUGUUUUUUUGUAGUUUUGAGCAAGUCUGUUCCUGGUACCGUGGUCCGACGUUCACACAACCUGGACGAAAAUACAUGGAAAUAGACCUUCACACACUUCCAGUUCCACUUCCCCGGGCUUUUUCGCUUGUUGACGCACGUGCCAACUCGCUAAAUAGGAAGUCAGAAUGGUGUUUUUCGAGACUCCAGUUAAAACUGAGAUGAGCCUACUUAAUUUUUAAACGCUUAACGUAACCGGCUCUUAGACGAUUCACAUUUAUAGGGCUAUGCAUUUCCGAUAGAGGGUUGUGGUUAUGCAUGGCUCGCAUUUCCGCCCAUCAAGGACAAUCAGAAUAAACAGAGAGAGUGUGUAUAUGGUGUAUAUGCUAUUAGAUUCAAAUGUUAAUUUAUUUUAGCCGAAUCUUAUGGUCUAUUUUGUUGGGAAAUAUCAAAUAAAAAUAUUGAAUAAUGUAAA